AUGCAGGUGGAGAAUUGCUUGUCACCAGCGAGUAAUCUCUCCAAGAAGUUUAUGAAUGUGGGCAGUGGCUUCUCAAGCUCGGAUGGACCAGAGCUUGCGCUGCAGGACCAUCCUCUUCUAUCUGCGAGUGACAACCUGGAGAGAAGUUCACCUCUGAAAAAAAACUCCAGGGAGAUGACGAAUCAGUCAGAGGCAGACAAUUUCCCGGACUCCAAGGACGCGCCGGGGGAUGUCCAGAGGGGCAAACUCUCUCCCAGCCUUCACUUCGAUGGCUCAGCGGCUGAAAGGUGCAUCUUCACUCCGACUCAGCCGCAGCCAGUCCCCGCCGGAGCUAUGUUCCCGUACGCCAGCCAACACGCGCCUCCGCCCUUCUCCAUCGGCAGCCCCGGACGCUAUAUGGCCCACCACCCGGUCAUCACCAACGGAGCCUACAACAGUCUGUCGCAGGGCUAUUCAGGAUACCCGUACGCGCAGCAGUACAGUCACGCGUACCAGGGAGGCGCCUUCUACCAGUUCUCUUCCGCGCAGGGGCUGGUGCCCGGCAAGGCGCAGGUCUAUCUGUGCAACAGGGCCUUGUGGCUGAAGUUCCACAGGCACCAGACCGAGAUGAUCAUCACUAAGCAAGGCCGACGAAUGUUCCCCUUUCUGAGCUUCAACAUCUCUGGGUUGGACCCCACCGCUCAUUACAACAUCUUUGUGGACGUGAUUCUUGCGGAUCCUAAUCACUGGCGUUUCCAAGGGGGGAAGUGGGUUCCGUGUGGGAAAGCAGAUACAAAUGUCAUUGGAAACCGAGUUUACAUGCAUCCAGAUUCGCCAAACACCGGAGCACAUUGGAUGCGUCAGGAAAUCUCUUUUGGAAAACUAAAGCUCACAAACAACAAAGGCGCAUCCAACAACACAGGCCAGAUGGUGGUGCUCCAGUCUCUGCACAAGUACCAACCGCGGCUCCACGUGGUGGAAGUGAACGAGGACGGCACCGAGGACACGAGUCAGGCGGGACGCGUUCAGACCUUCACUUUCACGGAGACGCAGUUCAUCGCGGUGACGGCCUACCAGAACACUGACAUCACGCAACUAAAAAUCGACCACAAUCCGUUUGCCAAGGGAUUUCGAGACAACUAUGACACGGUGUACACAGGCUGUGACAUCGACCGCCUCACUCCAUCUCCGGGUGACUCUCCGCGUUCACAGAUCGUGCCGGGCGCUAGAUACGCCAUGCCCAGCUCCUUCCUGCAGGACCAGUUUGUCAGCACUUAUGCCAAAUCUCGUUUUCACCCUGGCGUGGGGGGCGGGCCUGGCACGGAGCGCAGCGUCCCACUCGGCAACAGCUUGCUGUCCCCGCAGCAAAACGAAGAGCCCCCUGUGGCCGCCCCCCCGCAACGCUGGUUUGUCACCCCUGCCAACAACCGACUGGACUUCGGUGCCUCGGCAUACGACGCGGCGGAUUUCGCCGGUAACGCGGCCACCUUGCUGUCGUACGCUGCGGCCGGCGUAAAGGCCCUCCCGCUGCCCACUGCAGGCUGCUCCAACCGGGCUCUGGGGUAUUACGCGGACCCAUCAGGGUGGGGAGGGCGCACUCCUCCACAAUACAAGACAAGCUCAGUCUUCUCCUGUUGGCCUGCCAAUUCUCUGAGCAGAGGGGUCAACUACCUGUCCGAGGAAGGCGCAGACUCAGUGGUCACAGAAAGAUCUCCCAUACCCAUAGGAGCCUCCGAGGAGCCUAAACCCAAAGACUUGUCUGAGUCCAGUUGGAUAGAGACGCCUUCCUCCAUUAAGUCCAUGGACUCCAGUGAUUCUGGGAUCUUUGAACAGGCCAAAAGGAGGAGAAUCUCGCCCUCUGCCACCCCUGUCCCAGAGACUGUGUCCCCGCUCAAAUCUGAGUGCGACAAAGCCUGCACAAAGGACAUUGGUUACUACAGCUUUUACCCACACAGCUAA